AUGGUCAAGACUGUAAUGGGCAGCACGGAGCUUGCCAUCGCCUUUGGUGUGGGUGUCGCUGCUGCAAUUGCAGCUCAAUAUGUGUACGAAAUUGCUCUCAAGCAACAAAAUGGCAGUUCUUGUACGUCGCAAUUAGUCAUGACGACGUCCCUUGGAACAAAUGCCGCUUCGCAAGAGCUACUGGAGGAGCAGCUGUCUCGAACCGCUUCUUUCUUCGGCCCGGAAGGAUUUGCCAAGGUGAAAGACGCAUUUGUGGUGAUUGUCGGCUUGGGUGGAGUGGGGUCUCAUGCUGCGCACAUGUUGGCGCGAUCGGGUGUCGGUAAAUUGCGUCUGAUUGAUUUUGACUACGUGACGUUAUCGUCUUUAAACCGCCAUGCGGUGGCUACUCGUGCUGAUGUGGGGGUUUCCAAAGUGAUUGCUAUGAAGCGCCACUUGCGUGAUAUUGUGCCGGACUGUGAGGUUGAAGGCAUGCCGGUUAUGUUUGAUGCGGACAGUGCGGAGGAGCUACUGGAAGGCAAUCCGACGUACGUGCUGGACUGUAUCGACGACGUCAAGACCAAGUGUGCACUGCUGGAGGCCGUGACGCGUAAGAAUUUGAAGAUUAUUACGGCAACUGGAGCAGGUGCCAAAGCCGACCCGACGCGUCUCCAGAUUGGGACACUCAAGGACGCUGUCCGUGACCCGCUCGCGACCAAGAUCCGAUACUUUUUGAAGAAAAAGGGUGUUUCAUCGUCGGAGAUCACGACCAUUUUCUCAAGCGAGAAAAGUGUGUGUAAGCUGCUACCACUGAAUGCUGAGCAGGCGCAGAAUCCUGAAGAGUUUGGCAACGUGGAGUACUUUCGCAUUCGUGUGAUCCCGGUGCUCGGUACAAUGCCUGCCCUCUUUGGGCAGUCUAUGGCAGCCUUUGUGCUUUGCGACCUGGCUGGCAAAAAGAUCAACCCGGAAGCGGUCGCACGAUUGUCUCGUGACCAGCGCAACAAGUUGUACCAGAAGCUGCAGCAACGCGAGCAUUUGCUAUUCAACGAAGGCCGUAAGAUAGAGCUGGAGAAGGACGAGGUCGAGUUUGUCUACCAGGAAAUUUGGCGGGGACGCAGCUCUGUAGGUGGAGUGAAGAAUGGUGGUCACGACCGACUUUACUUGGCUCGUUGGCGGACGGACCGACCGCUGUACCCGGACAAUAUCGUGUAUCUGACGUCGAAAGAGCUUGCUAUUCUAGACAAGGACGGCGUUAUGGGCUUUGACCCCGAAGUUGUUGCUCGCAUCGAUGCACGGCUAAAGCAGUUUGGUAGCUGGGACGUUCCUCAGUAG